AAAAAGCUGGUCUGCUUCAAUUUUGACUUUCAGGAUAUUUUAGAAGGCAAGAAAUUUUCAUUCCUACAGCCUUUCUGCUGGUCCUGAGAGUGGUUUCUAUAAUACUGAGAAAAGGCUCACUUUGUUCUGCCCAGGAGAAUAGCUUUUAUUUGUUAAUCAUAAUGCUUAUUAACAUAAUUUGGCAAGAAAAAUAAGCAAUAUAUGGACUGUGGGAGACAAAGUCAAAAAUAAGAGACAAAUGAUUGGUUCAUAAUGUUGCUCAGACAUUACAAACUUAACUGUACAUGAAGGCCACUAGACUAGACUCCAUUAUCAAACUGUAAUUUGACUGUCUACAAAUAUCACACAGAGACACACACACACAACCAAUACUCAGCUUAAUUCCUAUGUAUUAAAUGUGAUCAAAGAAACACCAUCAGGGACUUAUAUUUGACAUUAUGUUCCUCCCAAGGCAAUAGAUCCAAUUUUACUUUUACUUCUGUCCGUAUAUUCAGCCAGUGGUUCGGUAAGCCAGUAACAUUCUGGUUUGUACUUCAGUAAAAAGUUGAGGUACUCAUACUUGAGUGUUUCCAUUUUAUCUUAUUUUUCUACUUCUACUCCACAGCAUCUACUUAACAGCUCUCAAGAUAAGGAUUUUACGUAUGGAAGUCUUCAGCUUCCAAAAUAUGAUCCCUUCUUGCACAGUAAGCUAACAGUAUAAAAAGUGGUUAAAAUGACCUACAUCACAGCCAACUUUAACAUUUAAAUGUUGCUUAUAGAAUGUUUCAUUAAUAUUAUUUCAAUAACAUACUGUAUGUAUGAUGCUGAAUAGAGGAAUUUCCAUGAUGUGUGCAGUAGUUUUACUUUUGAGGAGCUUGAAUGCAGUACUUAUAUUUCUAAUUGAGUGAUUUAUUUUUUAUUUUGUUUUAUUUUUUGCUGUGGUAUUGGUACUUUUACUUUGAAUAUCUCAAUUCUCCUGAGUGUUCGGUUUUCAGGGUGCGUUAUGAGACGUUCAAGUGCACAACGUUUUUACAUUAAGGGGGCGUUGGAGACGCGACGGGACGUGACGUCAGAUUCUGCAGCACAUAAACAUACCACCCACCUCACGCGCCAUCUUCUUGCUCGUAACCGGCCAAAAUAAAACAUUGUGAAAAUAUCAGUGUAGUAUUUGUAUAUUUCUGUUAAAAUACUCGAUUGUAAUAGCUAUACUGUACAAUGAGUGACAUUGAGGACGGAAAUUACGAAGGACGGGGGUCACGCUCCCCAUCUAAAUCGGAUCGUGGGAGUCCAGCUCGGGUCAAGUCGGAGAGCAGGUCCGGCUCCCCGAGCCCAUCCCGGGCCUCCAAACGGUCAGACUCCAGAUCCCGCUCUCGGUCAAAAUCUAGGUCUCGAUCUAGGCGGCACUCAGACCGCCAUUAUAGCCGUUCGCGUUCUCGGUCCUUUUCCCACCGGAGGAAGUCCCGUUCUCGUUCCUACAGUCCUGAAUACCGCCGCAGGAGGAGCCAUAGUACUUCCCCAGUGUCGAACCGGCGUCGUCAUACUGGCAGCAGGAGCCAUGAUUUGACAAAAGAAGCAUACAGUCAUGGUGGUGGUGCUGAUGUUAGGGCAAACCCUGAUCCCAGUACAUGUCUGGGGGUGUUUGGCUUGAGCCUGUACACCACAGAGCGUGACCUGAGGGAGGUGUUUUCACGCUAUGGGCCCCUGGCAGGGGUAAAUGUUGUGUAUGACCAGCGCACGGGUCGCUCCCGUGGUUUUGCCUUCGUUUACUUUGAGAGACUUGAGGAUUCCAAAGAGGCAAUGGAACGAGCCAAUGGUAUGGAGUUGGACGGGAGACGCAUCAGAGUGGAUUACUCCAUUACCAAACGUCCCCAUACCCCCACACCAGGAAUCUACAUGGGCCGACCAACUCACAAUGGUGGUGGUGGUGGUGGUGGUAGCAGCAGGAGGGGAAGGGAUUCAUACUAUGAUCGUGGUGGCUAUGACCGCUAUGACAGAUAUGAUGAUUAUGACUAUAGGUAUAGUCGCAGACGCUCUCCAUCACCCUACUACAGUCGAUACAGGUCUCGCUCACGGUCUCGCUCCUACAGCCCACGACGAUACUAAGCUGCUUCUUCCGACUGCUUCUUCUUUCCCUCCAAUAAUUGAUGGUGUGUGAUUCAUCGUUGCGUUUCUAAGGGGAACAUUUUUAUUUAGCGUGUUUACACUAGAAGAACUCUUUAAGUUUGAGAUGGGUCUUGUUUACAUACAAUAAAUGUCUUAAUUUUUAGAUGUUUUGAAUCAUCCGUGUUGAGUGUGAGCAAAGAACCCAGUGACUGUUGGUUACUGUUGAUUCAUUCUUGGACUUGCUUCUUUCCUUGUCUCUUUAUUUUCUCUAGCAGCAAUACCUUUUUUUCUGCCAAGUGAUGGUUCGUAAGAUUUAUCGCACUGAUCAAAAAUGGGUUUUAGUAAAUAAUGGUGACACUCAAUUUCACUACCUGUAUUAAGCAAGUAAACAUUAGAAUACAUGCAAAAGAUAAUUCAUUUCAGUGUUGCCUAGUACUGACUUUAAUGGUAAGUAGCAGGUAAAUUGGGCUAUAAAAAGAGGUGUUUCCAGUAAUCAGUGGUUGGUUCUCUGCUCACAGUCUUGACUUUUUUUUUUUUUUUUUUAGUCCUCAUUUGAGUUUCUUCAGAGUUUUAUUAUUGUGUAUUAUUCAUUUUUUAUUGUUGUUUCUUUGUAUGAAAAUACAAAUAUAUGAAAACUACAAAGUU